CAGAGCUGUCAAAUGAAAUUAAUCAAAGAGUAUUAAAGAUUAUCUAUAAACCACUAGAAUUAACAAUUUAUUGUGAUAAACGGUUUGUUUUGAGCUAAUUAUUGUAUAUACAUUUCGAAUUCCGAUCUUACGACAUGCUUGUCUUUUUUGUUUUUAGUUUUAUCUUAAGUGUCAUCGCUAAAAAUGAAAUUUAUAUGGGCCAUCGAGUUUAUAAAAUUAAACUUGAAACAACCGAGCAAUCGAAUAAGUUUUAUUUACUCAAAGAUGACGUCAUAGAUUUCUGGCAGAAACCUUCUUUGAAGCAUAAAGUGGAAGGUAAAGCUAUGGUGCCUCCUUCACAUUUUGGUUGGUUUGAAAAACAAUUGAAUGAUAUGAAUAUUGAGAAGAAUAUUUAUAUAGAUGAUGUUUAUGAAUAUUUAAAGGAGCAUGACACCCGUCAAGCACGAAGAAACGAUGAGGACGAUGUAUUCAGUUUCGAUGGCUAUCAUAGAUUUGAUCAAGUUUUGAAUUAUAUGAAAGGGUUAAAUGGGACUUCUUUACCAGGUGUUGAUGUAGAAUUCGUUGAAGUUGGAUAUACAGAUGAGAACAGAACUUUGGCAUAUUUGAGAAUAAAUUCCAAAACAAGUGAAGAGGGAACACAAAGGCCCAUAGUAAUUAUUGAGGCUGGGGUUAAUCCUAGAGAGUGGAUAACAAUACCGACUGCUCUUAAUAUUGCAAAUAAACUUAUUGAAGGAAAUCAAACGAAAUUAGCACAAAAUUUGGAAUGGAUUAUUUUACCAGUUCUCAAUCCAGAUGGUUAUGAAUUUACACAUAAUUCGAAUCGACUUUGGACGAAAUCAAGAAGCACCAGAAGUAACUUAGGUUUUAUAUGCCCAGGAGUGAAUAUUAACAGAAACUUUGACAUUGACUGGAUGUUUUCUGACUCCAGCACUAGUCCGUGUAGUCAUCUGUAUGGUGGGAUUGAAAGCUUUUCAGAACCGGAGUCCCAAAUAAUAAGAAAACUCAUCGAAGAACAUGGUAAUCGAAUCAAACUAUACAUUUCCCUACAAAACAAUGGAGGAUUUGUAUCUUAUCCCUGGCAAUACGAGAGAGCUGCAAGUGGAAUGUUCAGACAACACCAUUUAUUGGGAUUAGAAAUGAUUUCAGCCAUAGCAGAUAAUUACAAGUUAGACAUAGGCUCCUUAGCUUUAGGAGAUAGGGCUUCUGGAACUAGCAGUGAUUAUGUUAUGAGUAGAAAUGUUUUAUACACAUUCAAUAUUGAUAUAAAACAAUGCGAGGGUGAUGUUCUUGUACCUGAGGCUGAAAUAAGACCAAUCGCUGAACGGGUAUGGAGAGCAGUCGCUGUAGCCGCUGGAAAUAUGAUAAGUUGAAUUAUUUAUAUAAGUAUUAAUUAGUAUUAAUUAUAAGUUUAAAACUGCUUCGGCUUGAUAUGACCAGAUACUAUUAGGAUUUAGUACGACUAGUAUACAUGAAACUCUUUUUUUCGAUAGGUUUAACUAUUAUCGUAGAACAUUUCUACUAUUAUGACUAUCAGGUUUUAGCUACUACACACAACGUGAUCAAGAAAAACAAGUUUUCUUUAGUCUUCAAAAUAAAAAUCGCGAGUGCUAUCCAAAAACGUAGUUUUAUUUGAAUUUAAACUCAUGAAAACUUGAGAUAUUAUUAAAUUAGCUGAGUUUAGUCUGAUAUUAAAUAAGAAUAUUAGGAACAUUUAUAGAAAAAUAUAUAAAUAUAUAUAAUAUAUAUAU